AUGGGCAAGGUAAACUAUAUCCGACGUUUCAUACCUGGUUUGUCCCAACUUAUCGCUGCAUUCACCACCCUGUUGAAGAAGGGAGCGAGCUUCAUUUGGAGUACAAAGCAACAAGAAGCAUUUCGACAAAUCCAGCAAAUAUUGUCGUCACCCGCUGUUAUGAAAUCUCCCACACAAGGAAGAGUGUUAUGCCUCUACACUGCCUCUAGUGACAUUGUUGUUGGGGCCCUCCUUGCUCAGGAAGAUGACGAAGGGAUUGAACAUCCCAUAUACUACUUCAGACGCACGUUGAGAGAUGCUGAACUCAGAUACCCCAAAGCAGAGAAGGCGUGCUUAGCCCUGGUUCACGCUGUGAAGAAAUUCAGACAUUAUCUACUGUCGAACAAGGUGGUGUUAAUAUCCAGAGUUGAUCCUAUCAAGUUCUUACUCUCAAAACCAGCCUUGAUAGGCAGACCGACCAAAUGGCCGCUCUUAACGUUAGAGUUUGAUAUAACAUGCACUCUUCCAAGGGAUAUUAAGGGACAAGCGGUGACAGAUCUUCUAGCAUCAUUCCCAGCAAAAAGAACCACAACAUUGCAUGAAGACCUUCCCGGAGAAUUUCCCGAAAUCUCUUUUAUCGAAAAGGAGGCGUGGCUAUUAUAUUUCGACGGUUCUGCUACUCCUAGCAAUAAUACUGGAGGAGCGAGUAUAGUUCUAGUGUCUCCAACGGGCGAAGUAUUUUCACAUUCUUUCAAGUUGGACUUUCAGUGCACCAACAAUUCGGCAGAAUACGAAGCUUUCCUCAUAGGAUUGUCACUAGCCAAACAAGCAGGAGCCACACACCUGGAAGUAAGAGGUGACUCUAAGUUGUUGGUUAAUAAGAUGAAUGGGGUCUACUCACUCAAGGAGGUAAUGCUGGGCCCCUAUAGAUCCGAGGUGCAAAGGCUAUUGAAUUAUUUUGCUGAUGCGACCAUAACCCAUAUUGGCCGCAAUAACAACAAGCACGCUGAUUGCCUAGCUACAUUGGCUUCGAAGCUACAAUUCGAAAGAUUGGAAGAAACUUUAAUUGUGAAGAGAUGGACUGUAGCGUCGACAUGGCUCGCACAAUCUAAAGAUGUUAAAACUGACGACUGGAGGACUCUUAUCGUUCAAGAGAUAAACAGUUCGCUCUCCCAAGGAAAGGUCAGUCUCAAAACCCUGCAAAGCUUUUUCAUGCUUCAUGGAGUGUUGUAUCACCGAAAUUCAGAUGGGUCUCUGUCAAGAUGUCUUGGGGACGAAGAAGCACAACUACAACUUAACCGCAUUCACAACGAAGCCUGCGGACAAAUGUUGGUAGUGAUUCUUUAUCGACGUCCCCAACGCCUUGGCUUCUACUGGCCAGAAAUAGAGACUCAAUCUCGAUCACUUCAAGGGUCUUUCUCCAAUUGUCAAAUACCACCACACCAAUUGGAGGUUUUCAACGUGAGCCACACUGGGGACUAG